AUGAGCCAUAACUAUGAAUCCGCCACCACGUCUUCUCACACUUCAAGCACUACUAAAAAGAUCGCCAACGCGAUUGCCGAACUAGUCAGUCGUCGAUCCUCUCCGUCGAUUCGUCGAAAAACCGAAGCCGACGUUUUGAAUAACUCUGCACGUGGACGAAAGGUGUCGGCUCCUGGAAAUCUGCAGCACGCUCUAGUGCCGUGCAUCGAUGUAGUUGUGGCGACGGGUGCACUUGCCAGCUCAUCGGUUGAGAAUAUUUCAGCAUCGACGAGCAGAGAUUCAGGACCAACAGCAAAUUUUGUAGUUCUUAUUGAGUUGGCAUUUUUAAGAAUGGAUUAG